AGCAACUGGCAGCAUAGAGGCAAACCCAUCCGGGCUGCAGCACUGUGGAAAGAUAUGGCUGCCUGGGUUGUAAAAGCAUGUCACGUAUGUGGACAUAACCACAAGUCAUACUGCUGAAGGACAUCAAAACAACCAGCAGGUGGAUCAGGAAGCUAGGAUUGAAGUGGCUCAGGUUUGUCUGCGCUGGCAACAUAAAGGUGGAAUAUCUGUACCUUGAAGGGCACGCGGCACCUCAUGCCUUCAAGGACGAGAUACAACAUAUCCAUGGACUUGGGAUGGAGGGGUGGACUUGAGUGUGGAUGUUAUCACACAGGUUUUCCACGCAUGUGGAAUGUGCUGCCUUCAGGCAAGACAAGUGAUUAAAGCCUCUUACAUAUGGAGGACGAUGGCUGAAAUGUAAAUAAAUACAGGGAGGCCUGGUGGGUGGAUUAUAUCACACCGCGCCGAGGUCCAUGUGCUUAAAAUGGUGGAAGCAACCACUGGGUGGCUGGAAACACGUCCUGUGCCUCGUGCCACCAGCCUCGAAAAGCAAGUCUUGUGCUGACACGGCACCCCUGAAAGAACCGAGCCGGACAACGGGACUCAAUUCCAAAACAACCCCAUAAGACAGCUGUGCCAAAGAGCGCUGAGCUGAGCGCUGGCAAAACGGAACGACGCAACGGUGCCUGAAGGGGAUUCGAUGCAGGGUGAGAACAAGCCAACGCUCGGAACCGAACGAUGCGAUUUAUUAAAACAUUCCCCACCUCAUCGCGACGGAGCACCGCUGUCACGCACGAGGGGGGCCGGCACGGCGGGGCGGAGCCGCGGCACGGCGCGGUUGUGGGCCGGGCCGGAAGGGGCUGUCGGCGGUUCGCGGGGCCGUCCGCUUCCUGCCGCGGAGGAGGGCCGGUGGCGGGCCGGGCUCGGAGCGAAGCCUCUGCAGUUGAGACAUCGUUAAUCCAGGCUGCAAAUUUUAUAGCUGGAUUAGAGCUUGAAGGCAUAUUAGGAUGUGGAUUUGGUCAGCUCCGCUGUUGCAGAGUCAGACUGAAGAGAGGAAGGAAGGCUCUUGUUUCACAGCAUCACUGUUUUUCUUCUUUUUCUUCCUUCGGAUCGGGUCUUGAAGUGUAGGGUGAAGGUUUCUCUUCGUGGUGCAUGGACGGAAAGCCAAUGCGCAGGUGUACCAGUACUCGACCAGGGGAGACCGGAAUGGAUGUGACCAGCCGAUGCACACUGGGAGAUCCUAACAAGCUGCCGGAAGGGGUGCCGCAGCCUGCUCGUAUGCCUUACAUCUCUGACAAGCACCCUCGACAGACUCUGGAAGUCAUCAAUCUUCUCCGGAAGCACCGGGAGUUGUGUGAUGUGGUGUUGGUGGUAGGUGCAAAGAAGAUCUAUGCCCACAGGGUGAUCCUGUCUGCCUGCAGCCCGUACUUCCGAGCCAUGUUCACUGGGGAGCUGGCGGAGAGUCGGCAGACAGAAGUGGUGAUCAGAGACAUCGACGAAAGGGCCAUGGAACUCCUCAUUGACUUUGCCUACACCUCUCAGAUUACUGUGGAAGAGGGAAAUGUCCAGACCUUGUUGCCAGCUGCUUGCCUUCUCCAGCUGGCUGAGAUCCAGGAAGCCUGCUGCGAGUUCCUUAAGAGACAGUUGGACCCUUCCAAUUGCCUGGGCAUCCGAGCUUUUGCUGACACUCACUCGUGCCGUGAACUCCUGAGGAUUGCUGACAAGUUCACCCAGCAUAAUUUCCAGGAGGUAAUGGAGAGCGAGGAGUUCAUGCUGCUUCCUGCCAAUCAGCUCAUAGACAUCAUAUCCAGCGAUGAGUUAAACGUUCGCAGUGAAGAGCAGGUGUUCAACGCAGUGAUGGCCUGGGUGAAGUACAGCAUUCAGGAAAGAAGACCCCAGCUGCCACAGGUCCUCCAGCACGUUCGCCUGCCACUGCUGAGUCCCAAGUUUCUUGUGGGCACAGUGGGCUCUGAUCCUCUUAUUAAGAGCGAUGAGGAAUGCCGGGAUUUAGUGGAUGAAGCCAAAAACUAUCUCCUGCUACCUCAAGAGCGACCGCUGAUGCAAGGACCACGGACCAGACCACGCAAACCCAUCCGUUGUGGGGAGGUGCUCUUUGCAGUGGGGGGCUGGUGUAGCGGGGAUGCAAUCUCCAGCGUGGAACGGUAUGACCCUCAAACCAAUGAGUGGAGGAUGGUGGCUUCCAUGAGCAAAAGACGCUGUGGCGUUGGUGUCAGUGUCCUGGAUGACCUUCUCUAUGCAGUGGGAGGCCAUGAUGGUUCCUCUUACCUGAACAGUGUAGAAAGGUACGAUCCAAAGACCAAUCAAUGGAGCAGUGAUGUGGCCCCCACCAGCACCUGCAGGACCAGUGUUGGAGUAGCAGUUCUUGGGGGCUACCUUUAUGCAGUUGGUGGCCAGGAUGGUGUCUCUUGCCUCAACAUUGUGGAAAGGUACGAUCCCAAAGAAAACAAAUGGACUCGAGUGGCUUCCAUGAGCACCAGGCGCCUGGGAGUUGCAGUGGCUGUUUUAGGGGGCUUUCUCUAUGCAGUGGGAGGCUCUGAUGGAACUUCUCCUCUCAAUACAGUGGAACGAUACAAUCCUCAGGAGAACCGCUGGCAUACGAUUGCACCCAUGGGGACGAGGAGGAAGCACCUGGGCUGUGCAGUGUACCAAGACAUGAUAUAUGCUGUGGGAGGCAGAGAUGAUACAACGGAGCUUAGUAGUGCUGAGAGAUACAACCCUCGAACCAACCAGUGGUCUCCUGUCGUGGCCAUGACAUCCCGACGGAGCGGAGUUGGCCUUGCAGUGGUGAAUGGACAGCUAAUGGCAGUGGGAGGGUUUGAUGGCACAACGUACUUGAAGACCAUUGAGGUGUUUGAUCCAGAUGCUAACACAUGGAGGUUGUAUGGAGGGAUGAACUACCGGCGGCUGGGAGGAGGAGUAGGUGUUAUCAAAAUGACACACUGUGAAUCUCAUAUAUGCUCUAGUACGGACGGUCUAGACCUGAUGUAACUCUUUGCCAGUGACUCUUUCUAUGGAAUUAUAAAAAUGACUUCUGUGAGAGUGUGCCCAAUGGGAGACCACAUUGUCAGACUCCAGGGAACCACUGGACAAAAGUAGAAGUGUUGCUUAUGUCCAUAUUUUUUUCUAACUAGUCUACAAUUUUGAAUAAACCAAACUGUACAAUUCACCAUAGCAUAAACAAUGCCAAUGCACAGACUACAAGCUACAAUGGGAGUCUGGCAAGGAGAGUUUCCUGCCUUUCCCUCCUGCUGUGAGCAUUGGAUGUGGCAGCUGUGUUGGUGGGUGAAAGAGGAAGGUGAUACAGAAAACAUUGCUUUUGCCUUAUUUACAGAGAGCUUCAAAAAAGAUAAAAGUACUUGACCUGCAAGGUGCCACCUUUGCACAGAAGCUUUCCUGUGCACAGAGUAUAUUUAUUUUUUCAUUUAAUUUGUAUCACGUCUUUCCUUUGUGUCGCUCACAGCGAUGAUUCCAGCUUUCUGUAUACAUAUAUAUGUGUGCAUAUAUAUGUAUUUUAUAUAUAUAUGUAUAUGUGCGUGUGCAAUUUGAGUUUUAAUGAGUUGAUGGUUAGGGCAGGGCUAUGUCCUGCAAGCUAUUGUGGUUCCAACCCUGGUGGUAUGUAGUUGGGUCUCAGAGUAUGGGAGAGCUAUGGGUACCCUGAGUGUCUUUUCAGUCUUGCUGGAGGCAAGAAGUAGAACUGGAACUCUCAUCUAUCGACUGAAUCAGUGAAAGGCCAUAAAAGAAGGUGAGAGUGAAAAGGAUUUCAUAUGAUGCCUUUUUACUGUACAGCGUAUGGUACAAAAGUUCAGCUUUUGUCCCUCACCUCCUCUGUGUAUGAUCCUAGAAACAACUAGCUGUUGCUUAUUUAAAUGUCUCAUAUAUUCAGCAGACAACCACUUCUUCUCUGAAGCAGGUAGGCAGGUAUCAUCUGUUAAUUCUGGCUAGCCUAGAUCAAACACUCACCUCUCAGGUUCUUGAUAGAAUGGCAGACCUGCAGUUGAGUCAGCUACUGCUGUGAAAAAUGCUUAGACCAGUGUCACCUUAACUGCCCUCCUGCCUCUCAUCUGUGUCUCUAGAAUUCCUAUUGUAAAACACUGACCACGAUGAGAUGGUGCACCCACUUCCGAUGAUUUGUUUAAAAUGCACUUUCUCUGUUCUUGUCUAGAACAGGAAAAGGUCUGAAAUCGUGGAAGAGUUUGGAAGGGAGGGACUGUUUGCUGGCACUGUGAAUUACUGUCAUGUUUUGGUGAGUGCAGAGGUACCCAGGGUAGGGAGAGAGGAAGGAGGAACUGUAGACUCAAAGGUUCUGAUACGUUUGUCUGUACUGUAAGUACUGUCUGUACUGAGAAGACCUGUUGCACCUGAUGUAACUUUGGACCUUAUUAAAUCUGAUUUUAAAAGGACUGUGAAUUCUUGAGAUGAAGGCAGUGCUGACAUCUUAAGUUCUUAUCUUCAUCGUUUGAUUUAUGUAACAGCAUUUUAAUGUGCUUGAAUAUAGUAGAAGUUACACUACAGUAAUAAAUGGGUCAUUAAAAGUUUUUUUUUUAAAAAAAGCUCCUUUUCCCCUAAAGGUUGGUAUUCUUACGUUUACAUAUGAAGAUCAUUUGCACCUUUAAAAGGAAAACAAGUAUUCUGUAAACAAAUGUUUACAUUUAUCAUUUAUGCUUUUUUCUAGCAUGAGUAACUUGUAUAAAUAGUGCUAUCUUAAUAAAUUUCUUCUAUGCUAUUCUUUGUUUGUUCCUUUGGUUGAAAGCAGUGGAUUAUGCUUUUGUACAGUUUGUAUAGAUAUAGUGAAUAGGAAUGCUACCUUUUUCAGGUAAAAGUCCAAGUAAAAGGGGCUUAAAAACUCUGCUGGCAUUUGGUGUUACCUUCACUUACCUAGAAGCAUGUGCUUCAGAACCAGUUUUGUUUUACUGAAAGAAAGUAGCUGUGUGACUUUGUCAAAUCUAGCUCUGCUGCCUUCUCUACAGAUGCUGAGAGCUGUAGCACAGAUAAGCAUGUGAUAAGGCAGGGGAAGUAGUUCUUUAUUCCAGCACUACUCUACAGGCAGCCUAUGGUAGAUACUGAGCAUGGUUAGCAAAGCACUGACUUCAGCUAAGUACUGAUCUUAAAAGCAAAGCCUGCUGCUGGAGCAUUCCCACAAGGUUUAUAUGCUUUUAGGUUCUGUUCUUAAGGCUACAUUGAAUUUAGAAGUUACUUAUGCAAACUGUCAGAGCAGAACAUCAGAUCUUGAAAAUGACUAAUGGGUUAAUUUAAAAUCAAAUACAGGUCUGCUUACCAAGCAUUCCUCUCAGUCGACAUAGCAAACUUUAAUGUCUUUGAAAGGAAACUAAAACAACAGAACUAAUAGUUGCUGGGCUGUCAAGAACCUGUGGCUGUGCUUAACUCAGUAAGCAUCCUCAAUUCACCAACUGCAGCCUUCACAAGCCAAAACUAACUUCAAUUAAUACAAACUGAAAGUAAGUACAUGGUUCUAACUGUAGUAGUAGGCUAGUUUCAGUAAAAAAAAAUAAGGAGCUAGGCAUGUGAUGGUGGCAUGUUAGGCAGUUAUUUGUGUGUACAGGGCUGGUUCAUCUCAGCCUUGCUGGGGUGAAGAACAAACAAGCCAGCUCCUUUUAGGUGGAGUUGAUAUGUGUGUCCUAAUGUUGUGGUUUGGUCAACUCACACCUUGCCUUCCUUCUUACAGGUAGGUUACAACAUAUUUAACUGAUUAUGCAUCAAGAACUUUGUACAGGUGAAGUUAUUACAAGUGAAUUCCACAGGAAAUUAUGCCUUGCACAUUCAAUAAUACUGUGAGCAGCAAAGCUUAACAGUUUAGUCAGGUAAAAAAAAUUAUAAUAAAAUACAAGUAUACAUUGAGUGAGACAUGCUGUUCUUCUCUAGUCAAUUAGGGAAAAAAGCUAAAAAAUGUUUACGAGGUACUGUACUAUGAGUCAUAGCCCUUCUACUUCCUUUUGGCUCACAUAGUUCAUAGCCUCUGUGCACUAGCUCUGAAUUG